AUGCCCAUCCUAAAGAAUCUGCCUGGCAGAUCCAAGAGUUUCCGUAGCAACGGUGAGCUCAUAAUGCCGCCAAGCAACUUGAACCCAUUCGAGGAGGUGGAGCCAGACAAGGGUCUUAAUAACGAAAUGGGGGAAGACAGUGAGAAGGGCAGGACCCAGCACAUGUCAUCACGUGAGGAAGAAGCGCAAGAGAACGAGAUGAAUGCAGUGCACCACAGGGGGUCAAAGGGCAACAGCCCACUAAGGGGAACCCUGGAACGCAUCUAUACUUCUUCACCCCUAAAGACACUGGGAAAACUGGGGAAGGGCCUGCGGAUGACUGGCCGAAACGUGUGGGUCGGCACGCCCUCAUUACGAAGCUCCACCCUGCCGGUCAUGCCCACUGCAAGUAAGGAGAAGAAGAAGAAUUAUCGGCGGGCAUCGGAAGAAAUCAUGACAUUACUACGGCUGACGGGCCGUCGUAAGGAGAGUACACGGCGAGAAAGUCUGCCCGCGGGCGAUCUGAAGGCUGACACUGAGGAAGACGCCCGUCGCCGCCCGUCCUUCCUACGCAUAGUCAGCCUGAGCAAACUGAGGGGAGACUCAAUCACUGAUCGCAACUCCCAGGAGUCUGAGCAGGAGAGAGUGGAGGAAGUGCCAAAGGUCAAACGCAGGGAACCUCUGUCGGUUUUGGAGAUCCUGCAGUUGGUGAACCAGAGAGACUUGUUGUUGGCUGACACGCACAUCCAAGAACUGGAACGAGAAUGCGAGCUUGACCCUUCUCUAUUCGCUGCGACUCCGCCCUCUGCAGCCCCGCCCACCACUGUGAUCUUAUCACCCAGGCUGGGUCCUGAGGAGGUUGGGAGCCCGAGCGUUUGGGAUGCGGGCAAGAGGAAGUUAAAGGAUGUCGAGUUGCUGUACGAGGCCCUGCAGAGAGAGAUGUGGGAUGUGGUGAGAGAGUCUCUCAGACAGCCCUGCGCCGGACCCCAGCUGGGCCUCGUCGUACUGGUGAUCCAGCAGGAGGAACAAGCAGAUGCAGUUUGGGCCCAGCGUCAGGAGGCCCGGUCUAAGCUUGGCGAGGGGGACCCGUCGGAUCCCCAAAACGAAAACCGCCCCAACCGGCGGCCCAGGAAGCUGCGUCAGUGUUGGAUGGAGGCAGUGGGUGAGGCGGCUGAUUGGUCGCUUCCCCAGCAGGGCGGCUUGGCUGCAGGUCAGCUGAGUUUAUUCCUAGAGCGGCUGCGGGGGAGGAUGGUGGAGGAUUUGGACGCGGCACGGAGGAACGCAGUUGGCGUUUACCCUGAAGAAUUUGUCGCCUUUCAAGUGUAUCUGCAGAGCUACCACCGAGCUGUGGCCAAACGCCUGCGAAACCUGACCAGUGGCCCCCUGCAGAUCACUGACACAUACUCACUACUGGACUGGAUCUACAACAUUUACAACAGAGAUGUUCUUGGUAUAGUGGGUAAUAUGGGGUCCAUAGACUGUUCCACACUGGAGCCUUUACUGCCGUCUGAGGUGGUGGACAGACUAGAAGAGGACUGUUUGAACACUGUCUGGGAUAAGGUGACUACAGAGCUGUCCCAGGUUCUGGAGGAUGAGGAAAGAAGAUGGGCUGAGACCCUACACAUUGAGGAAUAUCAGUCCAGUCUGGCUCGGUCUAUCAUACAGAGGCUGAAGGUAGACUUGGACAGAUCCACAGCUGUCAGUCAACUUCUGGGAGCACGAGUGGCACGCUGUAUGCUCAACGGCCUGGCCGACUUCCUCCACAGUUUCCAGAGGAAGGUGGAGUUAUUCCACGAGACGCAGGCGGAAUUUGGGGAUCGGGGGGAUGGUUACGUGUCAAAGACCAUUGCUCUUGUCAACUGUGUCCCUCCCUUCAGGAGUUUUGUGGAGCGGUGCAGACAGUGUGACCCAUUGGGCAGUGAAGACUCCUCCCACAGGGCUCACUCCUCUCUGGAUCGCAUCAUCAACCAAUCAGUGCGAGUCCUUACUGAGAGACUGUUCGAACACAUCAGACCUUUCUUUGAUAAGCUGGUGAAGAGAAAGUGGUUAAAUAACACAGAAGCCUAUGAGAACAUUGAGGCCUCCAUCAAACAGCACUUUAAGAAGUUCCGUAGGAUGGACUGCCCUCCCUACCAGACACUGGUGAAUGAAGUCCACCGGCGGGUCCUUAUUGAGUAUGUGCGUGCUAUCAUGAAGGGACGGGUUAUCUGCACGUCACUGAAGAUGAGAAAGAGGGUGGCCUUUCGCCUGCAGGAUGAAGCCAAGCAGCUCAAAGCACUCUUCAAAGACCUGGAGUCAAGUUCCUCAUGGUUAGAUAGUGCCAUUAUUCAUUUGGCUGACAUCAUUUUGCUGGAGGACACUCCCUCUAUCCAAAUGGAGGUUGGGGUCUUGGUGAAAGAAUUUCCAGAUAUACGGAGGAGGCAUGUCUCUGCUGUGUUGAAUGUGAGAGGAAUGGUCCAGCAGACGGAGCGUCAGGAGAUUCUGGCUGUUGUGAGGGAUGUGGAGACCAGCAACAGCCCUGUGCAUGUGCCCAGAGACAGAGCCCUCUUCGCUGAGAUCGCCGUGGCAACCGACAUGCCCUGCCUGGGGUUGGUUCUGAUACGCCUCGCCCUGACCGUGUCCUCCUGGGUCUACAGCGCUCGGCCGAGACGCAGGCGAGGCCAAAGGAAGAGGUCCAAACAGACAAAAACAGAACCAGAGGCCGGAGCACAACACGGACAGCAGUAAAGACUAGAACCCAAUAUUAUACAACACAAUAUUAUAUUAGUUACAGUAAAAUAGGAUAACAUAAAACUUUGUGGGAACCGAAACUCAAAUGUAAGAAAGGAAGAAUUUUUUAAAGACAGCAGUCACAACACAACCACACCGCAGCUAUAGUAGAUCCACAACCAUGUCACAACAUAUAGUAGAUCCACAAUGCUUCACAACUUAUAGUAGAUCAAAAAGCACACUACAGCUAUAGUAGAUCCACAACCAUGUCACAACAUAUAGUAGAUCCACAAUGCUUCACAACUUAUAGUAGAUCAAAAAGCACACUACUGAUAUAGUAGAUUCACAACCAUGUCACAACUUAUAGUAGAUCCACAAUGCUUCACAACUUAUAGUAGAUCAAAAAGCACACUACAGCUAUAGUAGAUUCACAACCAUGUCACAACUUAUAGUAGAUCCACAAUGAUUCACAACUUAUAGUAGAUCAAAAAGCACACUACAGCUAUAGUAGAUCCACAACCAUGUC